CCCGCGUCCCGACCCACCCGCCCGUUCGCCGCUCGCCUCUCCCAGUCCGCGUCCGCGCCGCCCGGGCCAUGGCGCUGAGCGAGCCCAUCCUGCCGUCCUUUGCUACGUUCGCCAGCCCGUGCCGCGAGCGCGGCCUGCAGGAGCGCUGGCCGCGCGCCGAACCCGAGACGGGUGGCACCGACGACGAUCUCAACAGCGUGUUGGACUUCAUCCUGUCCAUGGGGCUGGACGGCCUGGGCGCCGAGGCCGCCCCGGAGCCACCUCAGCCGCAGCCGCCCGCCUUCUACUACCCGGAGCCCGGCGCGCCGCCGCCCUACGGCGCCCCCGCGGGCGGCCUAGUGUCCGAGCUACUGCGGCCGGAGCUGGACGCGCCGCCGCCGCCGGGGCCACCGCCGGGGCCCGCGGUGCACGGCCGCUUCCUCCUAGCGCCGCCCUGCCGCCCAGUCAAGGCCGAACCUCCCGAGGCCGACGGCAGCGCCUACGGUUGCGCGCCCAGCCUGGCCCGCGGGCCGCGCUGCCUCAAGCGCGAGGGAGGCCCUGGCGCCGCCUGCCUGCGGGGCCCCGUGGGCCGGCCGCCGCCCUGCGACACGCCGCCACUCAGCCCCGACGGCCCCUCGCGCCUGCCUGCGCCCGGGCCGCGCGCCGCCUUCCCGCCACCCUUCGGGGGCCCAGGCUUUGGCACCGCGCCCGCGUCGGGCCUACACUUCGCGCCGCCCGCCGCCGCCUUCGGCCUCUUCGACGACGCGGCUGCAGCUGCUGCCGCACUCGGCCUGGCGCCGCCAGCCGCCCGCGGGCUGCUCACGCCGCCCGCCUCGCCGUUAGAGCUGCUGGAGGCCAAACCCAAGCGCGGCCGCCGCUCCUGGCCCCGCAAGCGCACGGCUACGCACACCUGCAGCUAUGCCGGCUGUGGCAAGACGUACACCAAGAGCUCACACCUCAAGGCGCACCUGCGCACGCAUACAGGCGAGAAACCCUACCACUGCAACUGGGACGGCUGCGGCUGGAAGUUCGCGCGCUCGGAUGAGCUCACGCGGCACUACCGCAAGCACACGGGCCACCGGCCGUUCCAGUGCCACCUGUGCGACCGCGCCUUCUCGCGCUCAGACCACCUGGCGCUGCACAUGAAGAGGCACAUGUAGCCAGGACGCCCCCCGCCCCCCGCGCUGGCUGUGGCAGGUCCCACACGCCGGCGCGGCCCCUUCUUGACUGUGACUGGUAUUUAUUAGGCCCAGAGGACCGGGCCCGGCAUAGCGUGGCCACCGAGGGGCUCCCCGGGUCCGCCCACCCGGCCCCUGGCCCCCACGGAAGGCCCGGUGGGAGAAGACGCCCACAUCCUCCUUGACGAGUUUUGUUUUCAAAAUGGUGCAAUAAUUAAGUGUCUUCUUCCCUGCUCCGGGUCUACACUAGAGGCUCGAGGCUCGACGCUCUACGCCUUGUGAGAAAUACAGCCUUAAUGUGUACUGUCUGCGACGUUUUUUAUAUAAUAUUGUACAUAGCGACUCUGACAGAUAUGGUAUUAAUGUAAAUAGGAAGACGGUGGGCACUUUGAACGCCUGUUUCGUUUUUAUAAGAAAAAAACUUUUUGCUGUUUUUUAAUAAAAUAAAAAAAAAAAGUUUUGCAUCUUUCCAAAAAUCACAGCGCUAGUCUGCCUGCUUGGGGCCUGGGGAGGGCUUUAGUGGAGGGUCGCCUGGCAGAAGAGUGUUGCAUGGUUCUGGCCAGACCUGUGCCCAGGGUUGCCAUCUGCAGUGCCCAGCUGCCAGGAACCUGUGGGUUUCCCUAUAAAUUUAAACACUGCAUUUUAAGACUGAGGGAGGGUUAUUUUAAGGUUGUUCCCUGGGCCAUAAAUUGCCUCCCUGGAGAAAGGGCCAGUCCCACUGACGUGGCAGCCUCAGGACUGAAAAAAGCCGCCUUCUGAAAGCUUCUGCGGUUUUAGCCAAACUUUGGGAGUGUGCAGGCACAGAUCUCCAAUCUUCCUAAAACCAAACCAAACCAAACCCGCUGCCAUCGCAUCGAUUCCGACUCAUAGCAGCCCUAUAGGGGAGUGUAGAACUUCCCCAUAGGGUUUCCAAGGAGUACCUGGUGGGUUCUAACUGCCUACCUUUUGGUUAGCAGCCGUAGCUCUUAACCACUGUGCCACCAGCGUUUUCUCCAGUCUUCCUAGGGAGCUUAAAUUUAUGGGUAAUAUUUGGAGUUUCUGAUGAGCUUUGUCUUUUACUAGUCUUGCUACUUAACUAAAAGGUUGGCAGUUCAAACCCUCCCAGAGGCACCUUGGAAGAGGCCUGGUGAUCUGCUUCCAAAAGUUCAAAGCCUCGAAAACCCUAUGGAGCACAGUUCUGCUUUGCACACAUGGGGUUGACAUGAGUUAGAAUUGACCCAAGGGUAACUAACAACAACAACAUCUUGCCUUUUAAUAGGAUUUUUUUUUUUCUAGUGGUAAGCUUCCCGUCCUGUUAGAAAAAGAAACCCACGUUGGAGGGCCAGGCAUGGUGCCCUUUUGCAAAUGAGAAAACUGAGGCUCAAAUGAGAUAGCUAUGGAGUCAUGGAGUUAGGGGCCAGCCCAGGUUUGUCUGCCUCCUGAAGGUCCCCUAGCUUCACCAGCAGGAAUUGUGACUUCGUUGCUUCUUCCCCCACCCUACCCCCCCCCCCACAGAUGUCGUUGUGCAAAUGCAUCACAACAGAUGGCAGAGCCCCUGGAAGACCCCUGCACCCCACCCCGGGAAGGAUUAACCAGUAAGCGAGGUACGCACAGGCUUACUUGUGUUUACUUACUAAUCUGUAGUGCACAGUUUCACCCGUUUUUCACCACAUCUUUGAUGUGGUGAAACCCACGUGAAAAUGUGUAAGUAAGUAAGUAAGGAAGCACAAGUAAGCCUCUACGUACCGUGGUUAUUGAGUAAUUUGUCCUGGAGUCCCCACCCCAAGAGUCUUCUCUGGCAGGUCCCCCUGCCACCCCCUUCUCUGUGCCCCGGGUCCCCAUGGCUGCCAACCAUUGCACAAGUCGUUUUCAGAAAGUGAAAAUAGCUUGUUAAAGCAGCACCUGUUUUUAAAACUCUCGCCCCCAUUGUGACAGAGGCUGGGAUUUCCUCCCUCCUUCCUCCCCCUGGAAACAGCUGAGGGCGUUGGGUAAUCCACAAAAAGCAGAAAUGGGGAUGACAAUCUGAUUCAUCUUUCUCGGGUAAAUAGCCCUGGCCCACUUCCGCGGGCGCUGAAGGACGCGUGUGUUUUUGAGCUGCCUGUGCUCUCUGGGUGCAGCUUCUGCAGAAACAGUCCCAGAACACAGCGGUGGCCUGGGACCCUGGAAACACACUUCCCAGCUCAGACCCAGGCUCUGGGGCGCUGGAGGAGAAGACAGACUGAAAACGGACUUUAAAGACAUUUUUAAAGGGUCUCCAGGCUUUCUAAUGAGUUUAGACUUAACAGUGUAAGCUAUUUUCCUUGCUUGUUCGAAAACACCGCCCAGGGUUCCCCUUGCGGCACCUGAACUGGGUGAGAGGCCAGUUGAAACGGGACUGAAGCUGUUGAGUUUCUGUUUUUUGAGAGCUUCCAACCCAACGUGCCAAAUAGAAAAUGUCACCCUCUAAUGCAGCUGUGUUUGAGCUGGAGACACAGGGUCAGGCAAAGGGCUGGCCCCUUCCUGGAUCUCAGAGUCCCUUGGUAGUGCAAAUGGUGAAUGUGCUCAGCUGCUAACUGAAAGGUUAGGGGUUCAAGUCCACCCAGAGGUGCCUCAGAAGAAAGGCCUAGUGACCUAACUGGAAAAUCAGCCACUGAAAACCCUAUGGAGCAGUUCUCCUCUGAAAUACGUGGGGUUGCCAGGAAUCAGAACUGACCACUGACCCCCAACUGGUUUGGUUUUUGGGUUUUUUCCUGAAUCCCCAGUUGCAACUUCCAUUAAAUAUCUCCUGGAUCUGUGGUUCAACCAGGGGUGGCUUGGUCUUCCCCUAGGGACACUUGUCAAUGUCUGGAGACUUUCAUGGUUGUCAUACUCAAGGGGUGUGUGCUACUGGUAUCGAGUGGGUGGAGACCAGGGAUGCUGCUCAACAACCCACAGUGCACAGGACAGCCCCCCCGCCCGCCUAGAGAACAGUGCAGCCCCAACUGUCAGCAGUGCCAAGGUGGAGAAACCCUGCAUGAAUUCUUUAGAAAAAACAAGGUCAGUCCCCGUUGCCACCAUACACCAGAAUAAACUCCCAGUGGGUUAGACGGUAUAAACCGGGGUGACCCUCCGGCUUCUGUGAUUUCCCUCCUCUCUCCAGUGGUUAAGUAGUCACCUGCUAACCAAAAGGUCGGCAGUUGGAAUCCACCAGCUGCUCACUGAAAACCCUAUGGGGCAGUUCUACUCUGUCAACGGGGGUUUUUUGUUUUUUGGUUUUUUUUUUUCUCCCUCUCCACUCUGUGUGGAUUUGAGUAUGUGCAGCUUCCCAGGGCUUCAGUAGGUCAGAUGAUUAGGGGAUGCAGAGUCUCUUGGGGGUCAGUGGAAUCCCCUAACCCAGGGGUCCUCACCAGGGACAAUUCUGCCUCCCAGGGGACAUUUGGCGAUAACUGGGGACAUUUUUGGGUUGUCAUACUUGGGGGGGCGGUGCUACUGGCGUCUGGUGGGUGGAGGCCAGGGAUGCUGCCCAACAUCCUGCAGUGCGCGCGAUGGCCCCCACCACGGAGAAUGUUCCUGAACCAAAUGUCAGUGAGGCAGUGGCUGAAACCUGCUCUGGAUCCUAAAAAGUCAGCUCUGCUUUUGGUAACAUGGAGGCAGGCCUGUCCCAGGAAGCAAGCUUUGCUGGCGAACGUAACCCAGAGGCACAUGUUUAAUAAAACCUCACGGUCAGAGGCACUCUCAGGAUCCAAGUGAGAGUGAACGCAGGGCACCUAGACCCGUUCCCUCUGUGUUCAAGAAGUCCUGGUGUCCAUGGCUAUUAAAGAAAAUGCUAAACAUCAAAAAAGAAAGAGCAAAUUCACCCUCUAUGUUUCAACUCAACCCCAAUCAGACAUUUUCUGGAGGGUGGAAUCUGGUCAGUGGCUGAAUUGCUUUCACCUGGCUGUGAUAACCUGUAUAUCUUUUUUCCCCUCAAAAUUACAAGCAUUUUUCUUGGUAGUUUUUGUUGGGGGUGGUGGUGGUUCAGUGGUAGAACUCUUGCCUUCCAUGUGGGAGAACUGGGUUCUAUUCCUGGCCAAUGCACCUCAUGCGCAGCCAGCACCCAUCUGUCAGUGGAGGCUUGCAUGUUGCUAGGAUGCUAAACAGUGGAGCUUCCAGACUAAGACUACAGAGAAAGGCCUGGUGAUU